AUGGAAAUGCCCAAGACAAGUCCGGGUGUUCAGAGCUCCGGUCGAGUGAAAAAAAUAAAAUCACCCGAUCAGAGUGAAUGCGGUUUUUGUAAACGAGGAAAAAAAAUUGAUCCUGACCUGUCUGGUUUUUCUCAACCGUCGGGCUUGCGAGUGCGGUCUAUACCGACGGUGCUGUUCCAAGUCUUUGGCCCGGUUGGUUGCGUUCGGCGAACAAGUGGUGGACUCGACCAUCGAAUAUCUGUUGUUGUGGUGGUAGUGAUUAGCAGCGACGGUAUUGUUACCAGCGGCUGCGGCGGCAGCAGAUACGGCGGUAUAACUACGGGCGUUGCUGGUAUUUCCACCUGCACCACCGCCGCUGUUGGUGCUGGUGGUGAUGGUGGCGGUAGUGCCUACGCCGUUGUUAGUGGCGGCGGUGGGAGUGGUGAUAGCAGCGGUGGUGCCUUUGGUAUAGGCGGUGGUAGUGCCUCUGGUAAGGGCGGCGGUGGUGCCUCUGGUAUUGGCAGCGAUGGUGCUUUUGGUGUUGGCGGUGGUGGUGCCUUUGGUGUUGUCGGUACUACUACCGUGGUCGUAGUUAGCGUUGGGUAUGACUACGGUGUCAGCGGAGCAAUUGGAGCGGUUGCUGUUGGAUCUCCGGAGCAUUCGCAACAUAAUAAACGCGCGACGGGAUGCAGUGACUAUUCGGCGGCGGUGAACGGACACCCACCCAGCGUCAACGAAACAUCAACAAAAAUCCGUCCGGCAGACUAG